GUUGUGUAAUAGAAGUUGUUUUAAAUUUUAAUAAAUUUGUUCUUCAGUGCUUUUUACUUAUCACUUCUGUAGCAUCCACAUGAACUCGUGUCUGUGUAAUUAACAAGCAUGUAAGAACCCCAUGCAUAUCUGAGGUUCAGUGUUUAUGACUUCAGCCUGUUUAUGAGACAGAGUGGUAUGGUAAUAGGCAUGCUACUUGUUAAAAGCUUUAGUUCUAGGUUAUGGUGACUCCCUGUCCUUUAGUGAAUGAAAAUAUGGCCAUUUUAACAGGUUUUAUCUUGGGAGGCCACUAAGGCUUUUGUGGAAAAGUCUGGGUCAGGUCAUCCCUGUAGGAGCAGGUGUGGUUAUGGCAGAUUUAUCCUACCGUGACCUGCUGGGUUCCUCUUACUGCUCCCCAUGGGCUCGAAACUUGCCCUCCCAAGUCCAGUAGUCCCCCUGGUCUCUCACCUAGAAGGAGUAAAAUCCGCCUUCUCUUUCAAGAGCCAACUAGGAAGUGCAGAGAUAACUUAAAAAGCAGUUGAGAUUUUGCCAUUGGAUCAAACUGACAAUGUGCAUUAAGCCUCUGUUUUUCCUGAAAAGGAUAUUGACAAAUGAGGCGGGAAGUAACCUUGACUAGUCCAGAGGUCAAUACAGAAAGAAAUGAGAGGAGACAUUUAGCUUUUACUUUCAAGUGGAAAAAAACAUUGAGUCCCCUUCUGCACCCCCACUUUAUUGUCCCUCACUUUAGGAUGUGAAUAAAUAGAGAAGUAAUAUGUUGUGGGCUCAACUCUCUGAAAGCUAAACUAAUGGGGAAGGUUUGUUCCAGAGAAAUACUCUCAAGGAGAAAUGUUUGGAAAUAAAUGUGUUGCCAUAAGAUUAUUUUAAGAUUAAGCUACAAAACCACCAGCAGUGUCUUAUUCCUUAUGAAGGUAUUUCAGGGAUUUAAAAAAGUAUUACUGUUAAAGACUUUCUUUAACUAUAUCUUGUUGGAGCAUUUUGCUGCCUGAAGCAAAGUGGCCUCUGCUACAGAACAAAGGUAACACGUCUGCACUGGGCGUUGGGUCCAGUCGUUGGAAUAGCGGCUGUUGACUUCAUAAAGGGGCAGCAGGGGCCACACCAGGCCAGGCCGGAGUCUGAGGCAGCCGGCCGUGGUGCAGGGUGUUUUCAGCCAUGUAGGCCUCCUCUCUGAUCCUGGGCAUCUGUCACCAGAGGCAGCCAGUGAUGAUUUCCACAAUUUUAUGACCCUUGGCUGUCAUCCCAAUAACAAGUAAGUCAUAAGCCACCCUCUUCUCCUCUGUAAAAUUCCACUUCUGCACCGUGGACGGCCUUUCCACCAAGAUCUUUUUGAAACAGUGAAAACAGAGACUAGCACCUCACCUUCUUUAUGUAUGAAGAGCGUAUUUCUGCUGUCGCCCUCUCUGACCGCCCCCUUCCAGGUAUGGCCUCACAUGUGCAAGUUUUCUCCCCUCACACCCUUCAAUCAAGUGCCUUCUGUAGUGUGAAGAAACUGAAAAUAGAGCCGAGUUCCAACUGGGACAUGACUGGGUACGGCUCCCAUAGCAAAGUGUAUAGCCAGAGCAAGAACAUCCCCCUGUCGCAGCCAGCCACCACAACCGUCAGCACCUCCUUGCCGGUCCCAAACCCAAGCCUACCUUACGAGCAGACCAUCAUCUUCCCAGGAAGCACCGGGCACAUUGUGGUCACCUCAGCAAGCAGCACUUCUGUCACCGGGCAAGUCCUCGGCGGACCACACAACCUAAUGCGUCGAAGCACUGUGAGCCUCCUUGAUACCUACCAAAAAUGUGGACUCAAGCGUAAGAGCGAGGAGAUCGAGAACACAAGCAGCGUGCAGAUCAUCGAGGAGCAUCCACCCAUGAUUCAGAAUAAUGCAAGUGGGGCCACUGUCGCCACUGCCACCACGUCUACUGCCACCUCCAAAAACAGCGGCUCCAACAGCGAGGGCGACUAUCAGCUGGUGCAGCAUGAGGUGCUGUGCUCCAUGACCAACACCUACGAGGUCUUAGAGUUCUUGGGCCGAGGGACGUUUGGGCAAGUGGUCAAGUGCUGGAAACGGGGCACCAAUGAGAUCGUAGCCAUCAAGAUCCUGAAGAACCACCCAUCCUAUGCCCGACAAGGUCAGAUUGAAGUGAGCAUCCUGGCCCGGUUGAGCACGGAGAGUGCCGAUGACUAUAACUUCGUCCGGGCCUACGAAUGCUUCCAGCACAAGAACCACACGUGCUUGGUCUUCGAGAUGUUGGAGCAGAACCUCUAUGACUUUCUGAAGCAAAACAAGUUUAGCCCCUUGCCCCUCAAAUACAUUCGCCCAGUUCUCCAGCAGGUAGCCACAGCCCUGAUGAAACUCAAAAGCCUAGGUCUUAUCCAUGCUGACCUCAAACCAGAAAACAUCAUGCUGGUGGAUCCAUCUAGACAACCAUACAGAGUCAAGGUCAUCGACUUUGGUUCAGCCAGCCACGUGUCCAAGGCUGUGUGCUCCACCUACUUGCAGUCCAGAUAUUACAGGGCCCCUGAGAUCAUCCUUGGUUUACCAUUUUGUGAGGCAAUUGACAUGUGGUCCCUGGGCUGUGUUAUUGCAGAAUUGUUCCUGGGUUGGCCGUUAUAUCCAGGAGCUUCAGAGUAUGAUCAGAUUCGGUAUAUUUCACAAACACAGGGUUUGCCUGCUGAAUAUUUAUUAAGCGCCGGGACAAAGACAACUAGGUUUUUCAACCGUGACACGGACUCACCAUAUCCUUUGUGGAGACUGAAGACACCAGAUGACCAUGAAGCAGAGACAGGGAUUAAGUCAAAAGAAGCAAGAAAGUACAUUUUCAACUGUUUAGAUGAUAUGGCCCAGGUGAACAUGACGACAGAUUUGGAAGGGAGCGACAUGUUGGUAGAAAAGGCUGACCGGCGGGAGUUCAUUGACCUGUUGAAGAAGAUGCUGACCAUUGACGCUGACAAGAGAAUCACUCCAAUCGAAACCCUGAACCAUCCCUUUGUCACCAUGACACACUUACUCGAUUUUCCCCACAGCACACACGUCAAAUCAUGUUUCCAGAACAUGGAGAUCUGCAAGCGUCGGGUGAAUAUGUAUGACACGGUGAACCAGAGCAAAACCCCUUUCAUCACACACGUGGCCCCCAGCACGUCCACCAACCUGACCAUGACUUUUAACAACCAGCUGACCACUGUCCACAACCAGGCUCCCUCCUCUACCAGUGCCACUAUUUCCUUAGCCAAUCCCGAAGUCUCCAUACUAAACUACCCAUCUACACUCUACCAGCCCUCAGCGGCAUCCAUGGCUGCAGUGGCCCAGCGGAGCAUGCCCCUGCAGACAGGAACAGCCCAGAUUUGUGCCCGGCCUGACCCGUUCCAGCAAGCUCUCAUCGUGUGUCCCCCCGGCUUCCAAGGCUUGCAGGCCUCUCCCUCUAAGCACGCUGGCUACUCGGUGCGAAUGGAAAAUGCAGUUCCCAUCGUCACUCAAGCCCCAGGAGCUCAGCCUCUUCAGAUCCAACCAGGUCUGCUUGCCCAGCAGGCUUGGCCAAGUGGGACCCAGCAGAUCCUGCUUCCCCCAGCAUGGCAGCAGCUGACUGGAGUGGCCACCCACACAUCAGUGCAGCAUGCCACCGUGAUUCCCGAGACCAUGGCAGGCACCCAGCAGCUGGCGGACUGGAGGAACACGCAUGCUCACGGAAGCCAUUAUAAUCCCAUCAUGCAGCAGCCUGCACUAUUGACCGGUCAUGUGACCCUUCCAGCAGCACAGCCCUUAAAUGUGGGUGUAGCCCACGUGAUGCGGCAGCAGCCAACCAGCACCACCUCCUCCCGGAAGAGUAAGCAGCACCAGUCAUCUGUGAGAAAUGUCUCCACCUGUGAGGUGUCCUCCUCUCAGGCCAUCAGCUCCCCACAGCGAUCCAAGCGUGUCAAGGAGAACACACCUCCCCGCUGUGCCAUGGUGCACAGUAGCCCGGCCUGCAGCACCUCGGUCACCUGUGGGUGGGGCGACGUGGCCUCCAGCACCACCCGGGAACGGCAGCGGCAGACAAUUGUCAUUCCCGACACUCCCAGCCCCACGGUCAGCGUCAUCACCAUCAGCAGUGACACGGACGAGGAGGAGGAACAGAAACACGCCCCCACCAGCACUGUCUCCAAGCAAAGAAAAAACGUCAUCAGCUGUGUCACAGUCCACGACUCCCCCUACUCCGACUCCUCCAGCAACACCAGCCCCUACUCCGUGCAGCAGCGUGCUGGGCACAACAAUGCCAAUGCCUUUGACACCAAGGGGAGCCUGGAGAAUCACUGCACGGGGAACCCCCGAACCAUCAUCGUGCCACCCCUGAAAACCCAGGCCAGCGAAGUAUUGGUGGAGUGUGAUAGCCUGGUGCCAGUCAACACCAGUCACCACUCGUCCUCCUACAAGUCCAAGUCCUCCAGCAACGUGACCUCCACCAGCGGUCACUCUUCAGGGAGCUCAUCUGGAGCCAUCACCUACCGGCAGCAGCGGCCGGGCCCCCACUUCCAGCAGCAGCAGCCACUCAAUCUCAGCCAGGCUCAGCAGCACAUCACCGCGGACCGCACUGGGAGCCACCGAAGGCAGCAGGCCUACAUCACUCCCACCAUGGCCCAGGCUCCGUACUCCUUCCCGCACAACAGCCCCAGCCACGGCACUGUGCACCCCCAUCUGGCUGCAGCCGCCGCCGCUGCCCACCUCCCCACCCAGCCCCACCUCUACACCUACACUGCGCCGGCGGCCCUGGGCUCCACCGGCACCGUGGCCCACCUGGUGGCCUCGCAAGGCUCUGCGCGCCACACCGUGCAGCACACUGCCUACCCAGCCAGCAUCGUCCACCAGGUCCCCGUGAGCAUGGGCCCCCGGGUCCUGCCCUCGCCCACCAUCCACCCGAGUCAGUAUCCAGCCCAAUUUGCCCACCAGACCUACAUCAGCGCCUCGCCAGCCUCCACCGUCUACACUGGAUACCCACUGAGCCCCGCCAAGGUCAACCAGUACCCUUACAUAUAAACACUGGAGGGGAGGGAGGGAGGGAGGGAGAGAAUGGCCCGAGGGAGGAGGGAGAGAAGGAGGGAGGCGCUCCUGGGACCGUGGGCGCUGGCCUUUUAUACUGAAGAUGCCGCACACAAACAAUGCAAACGGGGCAGGGGCGGGGGGGCAGAGGGCAGGGGGACGGGACGGGACACCAGUGAAACUUGAACCGGGAAGUGGGAGGACGUAGAGCAGAGCAGAGAACAUUUUUAAAAGGAAGGGAUUAAAGAGGGCGGGAAAUCUAUGGUUUUUAUUUUAAAAAAGAAAAAGGAAAAAAAAAAGUCAAUAACAAAAAACCCAGCUCAAGAACCCAUUCUACGCCAAACUGGAAAGGAGAAGAGCAACAGGAAGAUUCCAGAAACGGGGGGCCCCAGUUUUUGAAGAACUUUAUGAACUUUUCAAAGAUUAUUUUCAUAUGGCAGCAAGUGAUACGGAAGACUGCUGUCAGGGACACCUGAUAUGGAAAUCAAAUAGAUUUUUAAUUAAUUGAACAUAAGAUUUAGGGAUUUUUCCAGAACUCGAAAGGGUCAACAGCCCUCCAGAAUGUCAGGCUGCAGCCUGAGGAGGCUGAUGUUUGGAGCUGGUGUGGGAUUGGCGAAGCCCAGUCCGGGCUCCCUAGUCAGGAAAGAUGGGGGACGGCCAGGCUGCUGGAAGGCCCCCGGGGGCGCGGGGCGAGUUUUCUUUUUCUGAGCACUCUGGAUAAAUCCCUAAGCAACGUUGUUCCUCAAAUGUCAUUAAUAAUGUGUGUUGCAAACUUUAGGUUUUUUUCUUUUCUGAAAAUGUAUUUUCUCUUUGAAUCCACCCCUAGUCGCGUAGCGUAGGGCUAGCGGUCGUCACAGACACCCUAGUAGAAUGUAGCACUCAGCACCCUUGUCUCCUACCUUGUGUUCAACUCCAAUGAUACCAAUAGAAUAUUCCUCAAUGUAAUUGCACAAAAAAAAAGCGAUAUAACAUAGGCAUGUAACCAAUGUGGCGGUGCAGGUGUGCGGGUGAGCGAGCACGUGUGGGUGUGCACGCGCCGCCCUCCCCGCGUGGCCCUCGGCGCCGCCACCCUAGCUGGCGCAGUCUUGACACUGCAUCCUUCCCUCCUAGUGCCUUACCGAGCGACAGACGCGGCGUGAGGGUUUACUUCCACUGGUACUCCAAGAAACUGAGGCUAGUCAGACACAAUCUCAGCUCUUCUGUUGUGCUGUUGUAACAGUUUACUCUGGCCUUUUUUUUUUUCUUUUUCUUUUUCUUUUUAAAAUGUUAAUGCCCGUUGUCUUUCCUGGGCUGUUUGCUAGCGGAAGGAUGCCAGGGAAGCCAGCAGCAGCUAGGAGAGAGUCCGUGGAUCUCGAAAGAAAUAUGGGAGACAGAUGCCCGGCGGGUGCGUCUGGAGAUGGGGACGGCGGGAGUUGAGUUGUGGUAGUAGUUGAGUUGUAAUUUGUGGGCCGAGGCCCAGAGAGACUCCCCACCCUUCACCCCUGCCCCACUCUGUCCCCAGUUCCGCCAUUUGUGAGGCCAGAGGUUUCCGGACUGUUGGCCUCGCCAGGCAGCCGUCUCCCGCCCCAGGCGGCAUCCCCCAGUCCCUCCCGCGGCCACGAGAGCCUGGAGCUCUCAGCCUCGCCCGGGGCUCCACUCUCUCCUCCGGCUCCCUGGGCUGUUUUGCUCUAACGAUCUUGCCAGAUCCCUCCCUCUGUAGACAACCACCAACCUCUGUUUGCUGUUGAAUUCUCUCCUCACAUUACCCAGGUCUGCUCAAGACAUGAUUUUGGUUUUGGUUUCCGAGGGUUCUAGUGGGCAGAAGGUUGGAGGGACACUUAUGAGGGUGGCCGGGGGUCUGACGCUGCACUUUGGAAAAACUCACACAGUUGAAUUUCCAAAGAAAUCUGCCCUUUGCCCUCUUUGCACCUUUGAUACAUUCUGGAAGUUUUCUCAGGCUUUGGACACUGCUGGGGAUGGAGGUGUGGAGAAGUGGGGAGUUCCCUCUCUUCAUAGUAAAUAACUCUGAAAUAUGUGAAUGGCAGGAGAAUCUGGCCAAGGAUGGGGCCGAAAAGGGUGGUUCUAAUUGUUUGCUUCUGAUGUUGAGUCUUUAGCUGACCCCACAGGCAGGUUUCCAAGGUGCAAAGAGAUCUUUCCGGAGUCAGCGGCCCCAUCCUUAUCCUCCCGCCCUUUACUUCCUCACUGUGCAGUCUCCCUCAAGGAUCUACUGUGAAAGGUGUGUUUGUAGUGAUAUCCAACCUAACUCAGUAACGAAGCCGUUACUUAGCUCUUAGCUGUGAAAUAACUCUGGAAACUUCCCCCACCCCAACCAUAAAUUCUUACUUAUAAAGAAACAGGUCCCCAAACUGGAAACAGCUUAGUCCAGGCCUCAGCGAGAAGGAAGGACACCAUGACUGCUCAAUGCUGGGCACAGCCGGGCAGUCUUGCCAAGUGCCUGCUGGAGGCUGAGCCGGCAAGAGGCCUGCAGCAAGGAGAUUCCCUUCCCUCGGGCCAUUAUCAAUACUGUCUUUAUCUGGAGGUGGGGAAGUGUAGCCCUCUGAGACAGCAGGACAAUGGUCAGUUCAGAGAGGGUGAGGGCAGCAAACGCUUCAGAGGACACAGAAGCCAGAGGACCCCCCCGCCCCACAGCUGGGUCAGCCUGGAAAAUCCAUCUAUUAGGGACUUUUUGGCAGCCAGAUGGCAGCAAUAGCCCAUUAGGUCUCAUCCCGAGUUCCAAGUCUUGGCUGCAAAUGAGCCUCAGUUCGCCUUACUGGAGAGCACCCCCAGAUUCCUGGGCACAGUUCAUUUCCAGCCCUUUCUAGAUCUGAUCUUUUAGGGGGAAAGACAGCUUAAAAUGUUUUCAUUUUAAAGAAAAUUAUUCUGUCUGCUUAAGUUGGAGGCUACUUACUCUUUCACCUGACAUUUUCUUUCCUUUUAUUCUUCCAGAUCAGGAAUGAAAUUUCCAUGCUGCUCAUAAAGAUAAUAUUAUUGUACUAAUUAUUUUUAUUACCAUUGUAAUUAUGAUCAUUAUGUUGAUAUUUUAGUCAGGGUUUUAAAUGCACAUUUAUUCCAAGUAUCUUUGUGUUUUCUCUUUAAUAUUUAAACUUAUUCUCUCUGUGAGUAUAUAAGUAGACUGGAGGGACAUCCAGAUGUCCAGUUUUGUCAGGCAAAAAAAAAGGAAAGACUUAGGAAGUAGGAAAAUUGUUUCUGUCAUCUCUUUCCCAACAAGAGACGUCAAGAAAGAUCCACCACAGAACAAAAGUUUAAAGAAGAAUCAAAGCCUUGAUUGGGCUUCUGACAACAUGGUCACCAUCAAGGUUGUCAUUUUCUAGAUCCCAGAGGCCUGGGAUGCGACGUCAGGUGGCAUCUCAUGGGCUCGGGGAAUGUCGAGUCACUGACUGUCCAGCCCUUAGCCAGCUUCUCUCCCACAUCCUCAGAGCUCUCCUGUGCUUCUGAAAUCUGUUAACUAAAUCUUUGGCUUGCCUCUGAUAUUUAAGCAAGAAAAUUCCCUCCCAGAUGUGACCCCAUCGGCUUCCCCACAAUCCAUCCUUUUGCCAUCGGCGCACCUGGGGCGUGGCUUAGGUUCUUCAAUGCAGGGACAUUUGCCCCCUCCCAGAAGCUGCUGGACACAGUGAGGUGGCGUAAGAGUGACUGGCAGGUGGUACCUUCCCCAGGAAAUUUCACCACACCACCCAGUUCCUCAGCCUACCCCCUCCCCCUGUGAUGCAUGCCCCCAGCACCCAAUUCUAGCCAGCUGGAAGUGGGUGGAGGGACGGCAGGAGGCCAGAGAAACCCUGAACAAAGCUGGGCGGCUGCUCAGGCAUCACAGGCUGCACCCCCUCUGAAAGCAUCCCCACUGGGCUCCGGCCACAUCCUCAGUGCACUGUGCUGUGUGUGCUGGGUGCUCACACGCUGUCCCCAGACCCACAAAGUGCUAGGCCCCAGUUGAAGAAAGGGGUGAAAUAGCCAGCUUCACCGAAGGGAAGGGAAGUAUUGGGCGAUGCCAGCCCCACAGACGCUCAGCAAACAUUAGUGCACAUUCUCCUAGUCCUCACCCAAUGGCCUCCUCUACCCCCAUGCAUGGAGCUGCCACAUCAGAAGCCCCAGGAGAAGCUCCCUGCAGGAGAGGCCAGCUCCCUGGAUGCCCAAUUGCAUACCUGGCCGAAUCUGCCAUUGAGUCACCUUAGCAAAUAGGCUGCUGUCACUAGGACCAAGCUCUCAAGCAGAGGGAUGCCAACCUAGUCCUUACUUAGCCCACGAAUCGUCUAGAGCAUCCUCUAGUCUUUUGUGGGCUCCCUCCUUCCCAUUUGAAGAGACAUUGUUCAGAGGAAGAGGGGAAGAUUUGAAAUGUCAGGUCACGGAGGAGUGUUUAACUGGAGCCUGGUGAACCGCAGGGCAAUUUGCUUCUGCUCACUGGGUUCUGACUGGCCCGUCUGGACGUGGGCCCCCAUGUCUCUGUGCUUAGGGCCUCUUCAUGAUGUUUUGGAUGUUUCCAAGGGAAGUGGGUGAGCAGAUCAAGGGGUGGGAGAGUCGAGGCUUGAUGCCAGUUAAUACUGUGAAGUGGAGCGUGCGGUCAGUGGAAUUCAGAGGAAAAAGAAGGGUUGGAGCAAAGCGGCAUUCAUCUCCUGGACUGUUAGCCUUUCUAGUCUUCCUGGUGGCUGAGGUGUUCACGGGCUGGGGGAGCCAGCUGACCUUUGUCCUCUUCAACCUAGAAGACUCAGCCCGCCCAGACACCAACGUGUGAGACGGAUGGACAUCAGGAAGGGAAGGGGAGAUUAGCCCAACUGCUGACAGAACGAUUUCCCUUGGUUGGCCCUUGGGAAUGGCAAACACUCAUAUUGGAACAAGCUUGGGGUGGAAGAUUUAGGCCGUGUGAGCGUGUGUGAGUGAGUGGAACAAACUUUCUUGGAAACUGGAGGGAGGAGAUGAGGAGGCCUCGGGAAGUAUUACUGAUGGCUCAUGGUUGAGAGAGCGACGUGGGGCCCCAGCUCGCCCCAGCUUUCGUCCCAGGUUCUCUUUGUCUGAUGCUGAGGGCAGGGUGGGGUGUGGGACCACCACUCUUCUUGGCCUGUCAAGUAGCCCCUAGGACAGAAAAUGGAAAGAAGGAAAUGGCUCGGUGCUCUCAACUAGCAGAGAGAAUUCAAGAGAGGUAAGGGUUCCUUCUGCAGGCCAGCCUGGGACUCCACAGCGCCAGCAGGAGUGACUUGGCCACGAGACAUUCCAGCCCCAGGGACUUUGCAGGCUUCAUUCCCUGUCUGUGUCUUUUCCUUCUGGUGUGUUUUACAGACUUCUGAUGGGGAAGCUUCAAACUUGAGCAGGCCAGAGAUGUCCUUACCAAAUUGGAAAGGAAGGUGAAACUGUUCCUUUCUUUAGCCAAAGAACCCUUCUCAAAGACGCUUCCAGAAAUGGACAAAAUGGCCUUCCCUUCGUUCCUUUCCAGGCAAUAAUGACAUCAUUAGUGAUGCAAUUCUAUUUGUCUUUCUCUUUCCUCUCUGUCCUUUUUUUUUUUUUUUAAAUUGCAUUUAUUUCAAAACUGUGCUAUUCUUUUAAGAGGAGUGGAGGUGACCCCUUCGAUGCUGCUGCUAUCGGGAGACAAGGUGCCAUACCAAUACGUGGGCUUGACUAAUCCCAGGCCACCAUGGGAGAGAGCAAAGCAGGGCUGCCAGGAGUUCAGUUGCAUCAAGGGCGUAGAGCACGCGGGGGCUGGGCUCGGAAUAGCAGUACUUUUCCACUUUGAUGCCUUAGAACUCUCACUUCUCAUCUCCACAGACCAGACUCAGUAAAAUCUCAGGCCACUAGAGAAUGGAAGGCGGUGAAACAGGAUUUAAAUGCAAAAAAAACCUAUUGGAGGCUUUUGGCACCGUGGCUCACUAGAGGGACCCAGCAUAGUAGAGGUUUCUCUUGUUGCAGCUUCUGAAAAGUUCAAAAAAUAACUCCAGGCCGUUCUUCCCUCAAACCCAGUGAGAGUUUGCAGAGAAGUGCCCCCUGCAGGGCUCCUGUCCCAGAACACCAGCACCAGAGAGGGUCUUCCCGAUGCCCCCCGCUGGACUUGCCCAAGCCUCUGGGAGCCCCUCAUCUCAGAUCCCUGUGUUGAACAUGACACUGACUGUCCCUUAUUUGUUAAAAUUUGCAAUAUCUCUCAAGUAAAUAAUAGCCAACAUUUGUUGAAUGCUUUCAUGACUCCCGGGCUAAGGCCUUUAUCAGCGUUGUCUCAAGGGGCCCCCACAGCCAUCCCACAGGGAGGGGGAUAACAGCCCCCAUUUAUAGAUAAGGGAGCUGACCGGAUGCUCUGAGAAGUGGCAGGUGUUGAAGGAAGGAUAAAGCAGUGAUGGGCCAGAAUCCCCAAGGUUCCCUUUUUUGUUCAUCAGGCCCUUCCUGAGAUGUGAUUUUUAAUCUUUUAACUUUUUUAAUUAAUAGCAAUGCGUGGCCUCAUAUUUCUAUGAACCAUUUAGUGAUACUCCCGCUUCCUGCAUGCCACACGCUGUGCUGGGAAUUGCUCAUGGGUUGUCCUGUUUCAUCUUCUCGGUAGCCCUGUGAGAUCGGCAAUAUUAGUCCCCCUACAGCCAAGGAAACUGCCCAGAGCCACACAACUCUUGAGGGGCGAGGAGGGCUUGAACCUGAGUCUGCCCAGCUCCAGAACUGAGCUUGCAGCCAUUAGCCACAGCUGUCUCCUGCAUGUCUGAGCAAAGAAAGGCCUUUACACAGCAUCACCCUGUGCCAUCCCAUGCACCGUGGGACUCAGCUAAAGGACUGUGCAAAGAGGGGGCUCCUGAGUUGGAUUUAGGCAAAAGGGGCAGAAUUCGUUUGAUUUUUAGAGAAAAUCUCUGGAGAGUUUCUUUUGAUUCAUAGAAUUCCUUUUAGAUUUCUUUCCAGCAUACCAACUAGCUUUAGUAGUGCUGCUACAACCAGCUCUUAUAAGUAAGAGUGAAAAAGAAGUAUUCUUUUCUUCUUUAAAAAAUAAGUUUUUCUUGCUUAUAGUUAAUUCUAGAAAGGCAAUACUAAAGGUAUAUAUUUUUUUCAAAAUGCUAUUUUUUACUGCACUUGAUAAUUAUCCUGACAGCUCUGAUCUCUGUAAUAGAUUCACUCUUCAGCUCUGGGCAGAACCAGAGGCAGGGUUCACACCAAAUUUGUAAAUACCAUAUGUGGGUCUGGUGUCCAGGAACUUUUUUCUUUCUGUUAAAAAAAAGAAAAAAAAAGAAAAAAAAAAAAGAAGUAGAGGUGGAAGAAAGACAAGACUUAGAGGAACAAAAGAACGUUUUCUUUUGAGAUACUCUUCUCAAAGAAAUAGCAACAAUUGUAUAAACAGGAAAACCAGCCAGCUUUCAUGAUAGAAGGAAGGAGUGUCUCUUGCCCUGGUAUGAGAUUAACAGAAAUACAGAUGCAUUUUUAUUUUGGUUGAAAGAUGGUGAGAAUUUAGAAAUGCUUAGGACUAGAUUUUUAAUUUUUUAAAAUAACUAUUAUCAUUUAUUAUGAAAUAUUUGUUCAGUUGUUUUGAGUGGGUUUCUUGUUCCUUUUUUCAUUUAAAACCGUCUUUGUUGACUGGCUCCAGGCUUGUUUGCCUAAAUUCUUAGGUAGUUUACACAAGUUCUAGAAUCUUUUAGAACUUUAACUCCAUUGGAAGCAAACCUAACUAAUCGGAGUUUGAGAUCCUGGUUGGUUUCAAUAGGUAUUCUGGAAUUCUGGCAGAACACCUAAAGAUUUUUUUUUUUAGAAGGUUUUACAUACAUUAUCUUACACAAACUGUGACCUAAUGGCAAUAAUUACCUCAAAUGUGGGCAUUCAUCCUGGUUUUAGCCUUUUUUGAAAUCAUGUAGCCAGCUUGAUCUUGGAAUUUAAAGACUAUGAAUUCUCUAUGGGCUGAAAAUAAUGAUUACUUCAUACCCCCGGUCAUCGUUGCUUAAGUGAAUUCUGAAAAUAGCUCAUCUUUACAACAAAAAUUAAACCAAGGAAAAGAUUAUUCUUUGUGUGUUGUACUCAAAUGCGAUGUUCAAAUGCACAUGUUAAGUAUAUAUGUUUUUAGCUACUGUAAAAUGCUGUUAGCCUUCUAAGCUAUCAAGACAGUCACAUUUUAAAUGAGUAAACUAAACAAUUGACUGUGGAUACUUAAGCAUAUUUCUGGCUACGUUUUAUAGUUAAAGUGUUUUAUAGUUUACAUUUAGACUGGUACUUUUUAAAGAAAAGUUCUGUUUAUAACUGACAUCCGCAAACCCCAGUGAAUGCCUCUUAGUUGGAGGUUGUGUCUCCCCCAAGGCAAGUGUGUUGUCCCAGACUUUUCUGUAGUCCAGCAUGCGCACUUCCCUCUGGAUUAUUAGUUUCCAUGUGAACUCAAGAGAACAUGAAAGGCAAUCCAGAUGGAGGGAAAAGGUGUGAGUCCGCAGCCCGGGCCAGAUGCGAAGGUCUCAUGCGUGUCGUCUAAACACUUGUCUUCAAGGCCUUCUCUCUGACAUCUUGGAAGAGUCAUUGAGAACAGAUAACCUGGUUCAUUGAUUUUUGUCUUGAUUUGAAUAUUUAACUUAUUAAUAGAUCCACUGAUUUCCAGGCACCAGGCAGUAGAAGAGACUGGGAUUCAGGUGACCAUGAAGGCACAGCUGCUACUUCUGGGCCGGGGGUGAUAUUUUGAUCAGCGUUUUGUAGGGGAGGACCAUAUACCCCUAUUUCCAUGGUCGCUGGCUGGGUUUUCCAUAUAUCUGCUGCCAUUUAUUCGUUUUCCCCUUGAAAGCAAAAUCAAUGUAAAAGGCUAUGUUUACGUUUUACUCAUUGUCCAGCUUAGACUCCAAGUCUAGUUCGGUGGGAGGGGGACCUUAGCAUCCUCUCAGAGAUGGUCAGGGCUGAGCAGGAGGAGGCAGAGACAGAGGGGCAGCUCAGCCUGGUCCAUUGAGACCCACUCUAAACAGACAUCAUAUUUGGAACAAGAGAGAUGCUUCGAGACAGGAAUGGGCCCCACUGUCAUGCAGAAACAGACUGGGGGAAUGGCAGUUUCCCUGAGUCUUGGUUUCUUUUAUGUUUUCUCUUGUGCCACCACCAAACUGCAGAGGACCUGCUGUGACCUAAAGGGCAUUCCUUGAGCAGAUAAGACCUUGAAAACUGCAAAACACCUGGGACCAGGGAGCUUUUAAAAAAUACAAAAAAAUACCACAUUUGCUUUUUCCCUGUGAACUGUAUUGACAGCGUGUUCUUAGGACAGUCUUUUGGUGGAAAUGUUACUGUAAAAUAGUUUUCAUCUCACCCCUCCUAAUCAUACUCCCACUUUCCUGUUUGUGUGGUGGUGUUGCUGUUUUUUCCUUUACAUGAAUUAACCAAAUGAAUUUUGUGUCAUUGUUUUUGGGGCUUAUGUUUUUAAAACAUAGAAAUUGCCUUUUGUUCAUUUGAAAAGUAAGUAUGUUGUAUCUGAAAAAGGGCUCUGCCUCUGCUCUCCCUCGCUUCCUUGUAACCAAUCUCCAAACGAAUCUCUCCUGGCACCGCCCCCUUCCUUAUAUAGGGUCACUGUCCCUGGGGCCACCUCUGCCUCCACCCUGCUGUCACCACUGCCCUGGGCCAAGGCACCCAGGACUCCCAGAAAGUGCGAGAGCCGGCAAGAAGGCCCCACUCAGCCUUGAGACUGGUGGUCACACCUCCCUGUCAGAGUCGCCUGCUGGGCUGAAGGGGCAAUGGAUUGUCAUUGUUGAAAUUGUUUGGCUCAGGUUAUAAGGAGGAACUUGGGAAGUAGAAAGUGACUUGACCAUGUGCAUCCUUGGUAGCUUCCUGUAACUAACAAAUGGAACAGAGAGCACACCCCCGCCCCGCCCCGCCCCAAGCAGAUGUUCCUGUCAGCGCUGCCCUGAGUCAGUCGGUCCCCCGUUUCUGCUCUCCUCCCUUUUGUGUUCCUGCUCACUUCAAGCUUCUUCCAUGGACUUUCCAGGGCACAAUCAUCUCUAGCCCCCAAAUCAUCUCUUCAUCCUCUUUGUGUGCAUUUUUUUAACCAAAUGAAAUAGACAAGAAAGUCAUACUUUGGGGCAGCAGAAUUUCUAAUUUAGUAGAAUCACUGUAUAGAGAUAGAUGUUGAUAUAUAUGUUUGUGUAUAUAUAUCAAACCAAAUUUGAUAGGAGAAGUAUAGCUUUACAGAUGAGGAGAAGGAGCUCUUUAGAGGUCGGAGUCAAGACUGGUGUCUUGGACGUGCAUGGGCUGUGUCCCAGGCCACUCCGCACACAUGGGGCUGAGGCGUGGCGCCGGGCCCUUGUCAUCCACCUCACCACAGCAGAGCCAGCAGGCCCUGUAGGGUGCUGCUGCUGUCUCACUGGGUCCCAGCUUCAAGCGCAUCAGUGGGUGAGGGGGGCAACAAAUCAGAGUGACUGGAAGUUUCCAUCCCGUUUUGCUUUGACCACGUGUACUGAGCUGCAGCCUCUGAUACUCUGUCACGUUUCCAAAAAUGGUAUCCAUUAGGAUAGAAAGAGAAUGGAUCUGUAGAAAUGUUUACCUUUCAACUGCUCAUGAAUUCAGGACACUGGCUAGAAAGACUCACUCCCCAAAAUGAGAACAGGGAAGAGGAGACCCGGCGACACUAAGUCACCAGGUCCAAGGAACGUGGCUCCCUCCCCAGGGUCAUCUCACCUAGAUCUUUCUCUCCCAGGUCAUCUCAGCUCAAUCUCAAUAACCCUAUGAAAGCCCUGGUCUGUUGUGUUCCUUCACCGUACGGUUUCUAUAAUAAAAAGUGUUAAUCCAUGUUAAUCUGUGUGAAAAUUAUUGCGUGCAACAGUAUUUUCUCGUGUACCUCUUUUUCCUAUGUGAAUUGUCCCUCUUUUUUAUUUAUAAAUGUCUACUUUUGUUUUUUUAAAGACAAACCAAUGUGUUGUAGACCUAUAUGUAACCUAUUCCUUAGUCUCAUAUUAUAGGUAUGUUAUAAGAAUGGAUAUUUUACUUGGCUUUAGAAUGUUUUACAAGAAAACUAAUUCUUAACUGAUCAAGUCCUUGCUACUAAAAUGCUUGUGUUUUUCAUCAUGACGUCGUGUGCUUCUAAAUUAAUCAUUUUCGUUGUAGAAAAAUGGAGUGAAUUUAUAUUAGUCUUGGAAACUAAUAAUAGCAUUGUAAAUUUAUGAGAUGAUUUUAACAGAAAAAAUAUAGAAGAAUAUAGUUAUUUUAAUUGUAAUAUUACUAACUGUAGGGUGAGAAAAAGGGGGGGUCCCAUUGUGGUGAACUAUGUUAUAGCUUGUUACUCAUAGUUUCUUUUUGAUCAUUUUUUCGGUCUCCGAGGUGAAAUGACUUAUUAAUUAAAAUUUGUAAACUCACAUAUGCAUAUUGUAUAUGUGUAGAAAUGUAAUCACACUUUGUCUUGGAAUUACAUUAAACUGUUUGAAAUCACUGUA